AUGAGUGGAACAGUUAUUAUUACCGGAGCUAAUGGCUCCCUGGCCCUUGGCUUUGUCGAAUCUUUCCUUUCCAAAUACAGUGAGCAUAAUUUGGUAGCCACUGUUCGAAACCCUUCCGCAGAAAAAGACCCAAAUACUGCCAAGCUUCUAAGCCUGGCUAGCAAGUACCCCAAGGCCAAUUUCCACCUUGAAACUCUCGACCUUGGCCGUCUACCUGAUGUCAGAUCCUUCGCGGACAAACUAUCGACACGAAUUUCCUCAAAGGAACUUCCGCCCAUCACAGCGAUCGUCUGUAACGCCAGUACAUGGUCACUCGAGUCGGGGCAACAGUUUACAUUUGAUAAUUACGAGGCUACAUUCCAAAUAUGUCACCUAUCUCAUUACCUGCUGGUCCUGAAGCUGCUCGGUAGCAUGGACACCACAUCCGGGCGUAUAAUCAUGCUCGGUUCCGUCACUCAUUACCCCGAUAAACCGAACCCCUUGUCUUCGCUUGGGCCAUGUUUCCCUGUUGACUUUGAAGAACUGGUCAUGCCAACCUUAGACCCAAUGAAGCUUGUCCAUGACCGUGGAUUCCAGAGAUAUGCGACAGCUAAACUUGCAAACGUGGCUUUUUCAAGCGACCUCAACAAACGACUCCAACAAGAUACCAAACUAUCACAAAUCACAGUAAUCGCCAUGGACCCUGGUGGUCUUCCUUCGUCAAGAGCCCAAGCGGGGCAGAAGAAAUCCACCAGGGCUAUAAUGGGGACAAUCAACUUUCUCAUGCCGGUCCUCAAGUAUUGCACUACAGUAUUCCGCACUACAGAGGAUGCUGGUCGAGACCUGGCCACUGUGAGUGCUGAUCCGGUAUUCAGGGGGAAAAGAGGAUACUAUGUCGGUCUAAAAACGGACUCUGCGGCGCCAAUUAGCCAAGACCCUGACAUGCAGAAGAAGCUCUGGGAGUGCUGCUGGAGGUGGGCAGGUCUAACUUCCGCGGAGACUUCUCUUCAGAAUAUCCUCUGA